AUGCUGAAUCAGAAAGAAGGACAUUCUAAAGUAGAAGAAGAUGAUUUUACUCUUAAUACUUCAAGUGCUGAACCUUUAGAAUUGGAUGAUCACUAUACAAAAUAAAAGUCAAUUUGUUGGGGGAGGUGUCAUCCAAUGAUGUUUAGGAAAGGAAGUCCUGCUGUUGUUAUUGGACCACAUUGGCCCUUAUUUAUUUGUGCUUUUCUUUCAUUCUUUAUAAUGGGAGGACUCUUUAUUUUCCUUAGGAUUGAUGAGGAUCCAUUGAUAUUUUAUACUACUCUUAUUAUUAGUAUUAAUCAAUGUAUCAGUUACCUGAUUGUUGCACUGAUAAACCCUGGAGUUGCUAAUAUAGAGAGAUCAAAAAACAUGGUAAACUAUUUUGUUAUGGGAAGGUAUUGCAAGGUGUGUAAGUUGAUUCAGAGCAAAGAAACUUAGCAUUGUUAAGAUUGUGAUAUUUGUAUUUAAGAAUUUGAUCAUCAUUGUCCUUGGACUGGGAAAUGCAUAGGCAAGGGGAACAUCAAAUAGUUUUAUUAUUUUAUCGUAAGUUCGAUAGUGUUUAUGAUUUUUAACCUUGUGUUAGUUUUACUAAAAAUUAAAGAAUAGGAUUCUAGAUCACAUUAAUAACAAUGA